UCUAGUAGGUAAAUGUAUCCGGGUCGUUAGAAACGCCACGCUAGCAUCGUAAACGAAAUCGUAGGGAUUUAAAAUAAUUAUAUUUGGCAGUGUGUUAAAUUGACGUGGUGCAAAUAAUCACCGAUUCCCUCUUACAGAAUCGGAUUUUCUGUCCAACUAGCCAUAGACAGUUAGCAAAAAAACGUUUUUGACGAUUUGCAACUAGCAUAAAGAUUGCUAACAACUAAUGAGUUUGAGUCCUCCGCCAUGGAAAGCAUGCUGUUAUCUGUUCGGUUUAUCAAGAAAACAUGACACUCCCUGUGAUGGAAUCUUCGAGCAUUAUGGCCCUUCUAGAGCAGGCGGAAUCUCACCUGGCUGAGAUAGAGCUACUCUCCAGUAUGUACCCCGGUGAAGACGAGCUGGUGAUUACUGACCAACUAGCUGUGGCUGAGCUCAGGGAGUAUGUGGAGGGAGCAACAGAUACCUAUCCUCUGUCCAGACCACACAUCCUCAUCAAACAGAAGCUGGACACUGACACUGUGAAGGGGGUGAACGUGACCAUGUCUUGCACCUACUCAUCUGACUACCCUAAUGUCUUACCUGACAUAGCUGUACGGUGUCCUGACCUCAGCCGAUCCCAGCAGGCCCAGCUUCACUCAGACAUGAACGCCUACCUCUCAGAGAGCUGCCGUGGAGAUGUCUGCGUCCUCUCUGCCGUGGAGUGGGUGAAAGACAACGUACACCUGUACCUGACCGACAAGAGCACAUCAUCAUCAACAGCCCCUGGCAAGAAAGAGUCUCGGUCUACCUGCUCAUCUCCGCAGCCCAAAGAGCAGUUCAGUCGCCUGUGGAUCUACAGCCACCACAUCUAUAAUAAGAGGAAGAGGAAGAACAUUCUGGAGUGGUCCAAGGAGCUGGAUCUGUCAGGGUUCAGUAUGCCUGGCAAGCCUGGGAUCAUCUGUGUAGAAGGCCCUCAGUCGGCCUGCGAAGACUUCUGGGCCAGGGUGAAGGUUCUAACCUGGAAGAAAAUCAUUAUUCGCCACAGAGAGGAUGUUGCCGUGGACAGUCGGAGGGCUGAGGCCAGCGUGGCAGACCACACGGAUUCCCUCCGUAGGUUCACAGGGUUCGAGGAGGCCAUGUUCGAUCCACACGGGAACAGAGGAAACCAUAUGAACCUGGGCCAGCUCUAUCAGUACCUCAACGAGAGAGGAUGUGGAGACGUCUUCCAGCUUUACUUUGGAAUUGAAGGAAGGUAGUAUAGCUGAUAGGGUUGGUCCCAUAACUGUUGGUUGUUCCCACAUGAACCAAUGGCAGGAAGCAAGUUCCCAAAUGAACCAAUGGCAGGAAGCAAGUUCCCAAAUGAACCAAUGGCAGGAAGCAAGUUCCCAAAUGAACCAAUGGCAGGAAGCAAGUUCCCAAAUGAACCAAUGGCAGCAAGCAAGUUCCCAAAUGAACCAAUGGCAGGAAGCAAAUACCCACAUGAACCAAUGGCAGGACUCAAAUACCCACAUGAACCAAUGGCAGGAAUCAAAUACCCACAUGAACCAAUGGCAGGAAUCAAAUACCCAAAUGAACCAAUGGCAGGAAUCAAAUACCCACAUGAACCAAUGGCAGGACUCAAAUACACACAUGAACCAAUGGCAGGACUCAAAUACCCAAAUGAACCAAUGGCAGGAAUCAAGUUCCCAAAUGAACCAAUGGCAGGAAGCAAAUACCCAAAUGAACCAAUGGCAGGAAUCAAGUUCCCACAUGAACCAAUGGCAGGAAUCAAAUACCCACAUUAACCAAUGGCAGGAAGCAAAGGAUUUGCACAUGAGAUGAUGCAUUCUCAGUAGGAGCCUAGUGUGAUUUUAUUUGUUGUUUACUGCAUACAUUACUAAACAGUACGUUCUAAAUAGUACGAUUAGCACAGUAUGUUGUUUCAGUAAGUAGUAUGCAAGACAGAUUUUGGACACAGCCAUUGUCUAUGGGGGUUAUUUUUGAAUGUUAAAGAAAUCUGCUUUAUACCAAAAUAAUCUACAGGUUGAGCUCAAACUACAGAAUAUACACAUUAUCCACAAAGUCCUUACGUACAGAACACAGUUGCUUCUCUGUAGAAUCCCUCUUACUGUUCUUAGCCUGACGCUCACCAACCAAUGUAGCACCAUGGGAGUCAGGGACAACAGAAAUUAAGAGAGAAGUGCAGCUAAUCCACACAGCGAUGAGCCCGCAGCUAAUCCACACAGAGAUGAGCCCACAGCUAAUCCACAUAGAGAUGAGCCCACAGCUAAUCCACACAGAUGAGCCCACAGCUAAUCCACACACAGAUGAGCCCACAGCUAAUCCACACAGAGAUGAGCCCGCAGCUAAUCCACACAGAGAUGAGCCCGCAGCUAAUCCACACCAGAGAAGAGCCCACAGUAAAGUGAGAAUGGUGGUUGGCUGGGGGGGUUUACUGAACCCCUUCUCAAAUACAGGCCUUGAAGUCUAACCCCUACUGGAGUGUAUCCUUCCUCUCUAAACACAGAUUCAGAACUGUGACACCAGGUAGGGGGGUAUCUAACUACCAGGGAGAAAAGACAACCACCAGUGCUGUGGAUACCAUUGCUCAGAUUUGUGUACGCCUGGUUUCCACACCUCGUCUCCAUCAGCCCCUAUUUUCAGAAGCGUCAGCUCCAAAUCCUUUGUCCAGGAUCACCUGAGAGGUAGGAUGGUAGAUGGUAGCAGUGAAAUGGAACAAACUGAAACACAACGUGAGAAUGGUUUUACAGAUUCGUCACAAGUCUGAUCAAACUUAUUUUAUGCAUUCAAUACAUUCUACAAGCAAACAAACUCAUGUAAAAUAUAUCCAACUAUAAAUAAGAAUAGGGGUGGUAAAUGACUUGAGUUUAAAAAAAAACCUCAAUGGUGCUCGGAUAGGGAAUUACUGUGUUAAUGUCUAUGAAUGGUUUGUCCCGGGAGAUGAGUCACCUUGCCUGAGAACUGAAAACGUAUGUUAGCUUCCUGAGCCAAUGUCUUGGCUUUAGCACAGUUCAUCAUGUCAAAUACAGUACGAGUUGCACCCGUAUAAUGAUUUUGUAGAUACUAAACGAUGUUUGAGGAUAAAUGCAACACUUGUAAGUGCAUAGUGUGUGUGUGAAUAAAUACAACACUUGUAAACAC